AUGGUACCGUCACCAACAUCGCCAGCCAUGCUCGCCCUGCUGCUCGUCGUCGUCCACCCCGUCAUCGCCAGCUCCGCGGCGCCCCUGCCAACCCUCCACAACGUGGCACCGCCGGACCGUGACCGCCUCCUCAACCAGCGCGCGCAGGAGCCGUCCGGCCCGUACACGCCGCUCGUCACGCCCGCGCCCUCGGCCGUCCCCGACGACGUCGCCCUGCAGAACCAGGGCUUCCGCCAGGAGACGUACUACACCUGCAUGACGGCUGCCAGCGGCCGCGAGCACUGCGGCUGGCACACGCCCCUCCUCAAGCAGCCCAAGCAGGGCAGCGGCGUCGCCGCCGCCCCGGGGCCCCCGACGGAUACCCGCGUCGUCGUGGCUGUCGUGGCCGCCCUGGCUGGCCUCUUUGCUGUCGGCAUGAUGUGA